CCCCGCGUGCCGCCGCAGGUUCUGCCGGUGCCCGGAGCUGGCGCUCAGAGCUGCCCAACCCGCUCCGGGAGCAGCAGCACGGCCCACGCUGGCAGCACUGCGCCGUCUCGGAGGAUCUAGGCCGCCGCCACUGCGCGGGGCUACCUUUUCUGCCUUGUGCUCAGGGCCCUUUCUGGUCCUUUUCGCUUCCCUGUCCUUCAUCCCCAUCCACACCCGGGGCCAAGCAGCCCGCCGGGUGCUUCCUGCUGCUGACCGCCCGCAGCAGGGCCAUGUCGUCGCACGCCCUGCGGAAGAGAGUCCGGCGGCUGUUCAGCAGAAGGCGACAGCAGCGGCCAUCCAGCAGCCCGUGUGGGCAGCCCUGCACCGCCGCCACUGGUGCCUCCGAGCUCAGUGACAAGGUCCAGGGCGGGCUGCACAGCCGCGACGUGCCAUGGCUGAGGCGGUGGCGCUGGUAUUUCAGGAGAUUCGGCAGGGACCCGCGAGGCCAGCGGAGGCGAUGCUUUAAGACUGCUCUUGAGGUUAAUACAAGCAAUGAGGCUGAUGUUGAGGAAGACAGUCUGCGCUGGCAGGAGGAGUUGGAGAGGGUUGAAAUGGAGUUGCAAGAGGUGGAAGAAAAAUACCUAAAUUUGGAGCGUUGUGUUCAGAACCUGAGGGCUACCUUGAAUGAUAAGGAUAGAGAAGAGCUAGCUGCUGCCCAGGAGCUGCAGAACCAGCUGUUGGCAUAUUUGGAGAACCAGACUACCAUGAAAGGACUGGAAGAACACCUGCAAUGCCUUGAAAUUCAAAAUACCAGAUUGGAAGCCACUGUUCAGCAACAAAAUGACAAGAUUGAAGCCCUGCAGAGAGACCUGCAAGCCUCUGCCUCAUUGCGAGAGGUGGAAGAAAAAUACCUAAAUUUGGAGCGUUGUGUUCAGAACUUGAUGGCUACCUUGAAUGAUAAGGAUAGAGAAGAGCUAGCUGCUGCCCAGGAACUGCAGAACCAGCUGUUGGCAUAUUUGGAGAACCAGACUACCAUGAAAGGACUGGAAGAACACCUGCAACGCCUUGAAAUUCAAAAUACCAGAUUGGAAGCCACUGUUCAGCAACAAAGGGACAAGAUUGAAGCCCUGCAGAGAGACCUGCAAGCCUCUGCCUCAUUGCGGGAGGUGGAAGAAAAAUACCUAAAUUCUGAGCGUUGUGUUCAGAACUUGAUGGCUACAUUGGAUGAGAAGGAAAGAGAAACAGCAGCUUCUUCCCUGAAACUGCAGGACCAGCUGUCGGCAUAUUUGGAGACUGUGAAGCAACUUGAAGAACACGUGCAACGCCUUGGAUUUGAAAAUACCACUUUGGAAGGCACUGUCCAGCAACAAAGCGAUAGGAUUGACGCCCUGCAGAGAGACCUGCAAGCCACUACUUCUGCACAGGCAGCCACUCAGGACUUCAUAAAACAAAGCAGAACCAGUCAUGACUCACUGACCAACCAGCUAAAAGACAGAAUUAGAGAUCUUGAAUGUGAAUUGGAAAGGAUAAAAGAUACUGAACAAGAGACUACUUUUCAAAAACAGUGUACACAGACAGAAGUGCAAAAGUACAAGGAGCUGUAUCUGAAGGAAGUGAAUAUCAGCAAAUGCCAAGCAAAGGAACUGGAAAGAGCUAAUGAGAGACUUGAAGAAGCCAAUGCAAAGCUUCUCCGGGAGCGCCAUAAAAGCAAAUCGUUAAUCACAAGCAGCAUUGUCAGUGGAGGUCUGGCUGCAACUCCAGUUCUGUAUUCAACUGCACUGGGACAUCUUGGCAACAAUUUGGGACUGAGCAGAAGUCUCAGUCUAGAAGGAAGCUUCCUAAACCAAUGUGAGAAGAUCUUAUCAUCAAGAAAGAGGUUUGCAACCUUUGUGACCAAGGUACAACAGGAACUGGAUGAAAAAAUCACUAAGGAACUGAAAGAAGCCACUGCUGAACUUGAAACUGGAUGUACCGGAUCUUCCAAAAACCUUCAUGUGGACCAGGAUCCCCUUUGCAGAGCAAUAGAAGAGUACCGUGAUGUUUUAACCAAAGAUUACAUGAUUUGAAUGAAAUGCUGUGGAAAGGCUCUAAAGAGUUUUUGCUUUUAUAUAGCAUCUAUGUUUUUCCUUCUCCACAGUUCAGAUGUGAAAACUUGUUCAUUGCAGUCUGAAUAUAAACUAUAUUAAAAUGUAUGUCAAGCACA